UUUGACAGUUUUAAAUUUACAAAACCUUAAUUUACCUCAAACUUCGUUGGAAAAAUAUUUUUUUUUUUUUUGUACAAUUUUUGUGAAAUUACAUUCAGUGAAUAAUUCAAAAAUGGAACCUCAACAGGAGGCGAGAGACAAUAAUAAAGAAGACAAAAUUCAUGAAGUAAAAACUUUAUUACAAGAAGUGGUGGAAGUGAAAAAUUUAAAUUUUUCCAAUCAAGAAUCUUGCGGUGAUUGGAAUAAUGUUUCAAAAUGGAAUGAAAAAUCAUUUUUAAGUGAAAAUGAAGAAUUAAAGACAACAUGGAGAAGUCGUAAUAUUUAUAAUAGUAUUCCAAAGACAAAAUUUCGUGCUUAUUGGCAAGAUCGAUUUUCUGAUUCAAAAAAUUUAAAUUUUGAUUCGUCGCUGAUGAAAAUUGGAGAAACAAAUUUUCUAUCAAAUUUUCGUGAUUUUCUCGCCACAUAUCAAGAAUCAACUGGUACACCAUCAACUGAAUAUUCAUUUGUGUCAUUAAUUAAAGUUUUGGGUGAAGCGACGGGAAAAUCUUUACUCGCAUUGAUUUAUAUUAUUGUCAAUACGGCUCCAGUUAUUGAGAUUUUUCUCUACAUUUUGAGAUUUAUUCUGGACAAAUUGAUCAGCAUUCGAGCAGCUGAAGAUUAUCGUCAAAUUUUUAUUAAAUCAAUUAUUCUUCUUAUACAAUUUCUCAGUAUUUACAUUUGUUUAGCAUUUAUAUUUGGCUUUAUUUUAAUUCCAAUAGUACAAAUUGUCUUUAAUAUAAUGACAAGAGUUAUGUUGUUUGAUCGAUAAUUUAAAGAAAUAGAAAUUAAAAAUUUUUGUUCUAAAAAAAGGGGGGGUAUUUAAAAAAUGAAAAUAAUUGAAAAAAAAAAAUUUUU